UGCUGCUGAAGCUGAGAGAGCGAGCUGUAACGGUGCUGCAGCGGUUGAGGGAGGGGAAAGCCGUUUCUACUUGAAAAUAGCUGGAAACAACAACAAUAAUAAAAGACACCGCGAUCUAAAGACAAUAUUUAAGCAGAAUGUCCGACUUUGACAGUAAUCCGUUCGCAGAUCCGGACUUCAGCAACCCCUUUCAGGAUCCCUCGGUGACACAAGUAACACGAAAUGCCCCUCCAGGUCUGGAAGAAUACAACCCUUUCUCAGAUGCCAGAACAGCAGCCCCUGGCACUGGCCCAAAAGCGCCCCCCACCACCAACACACAGCCUGCCAUCAUGAAGCCCACAGAAGAGCCCCCGGCCUACACGCAGCAGCAGACGCAGGACCAGGCCCGUGCCCAGGCGGAGCUGUUGCGGCGCCAGGAGGAGCUGGAGAAGAAGGCGGCGGAGCUGGACCGGCGGGAGAGGGAGAUGCAGUCCCUCAGUGCAACGGGAGGAAGGAAAAACAACUGGCCACCUCUUCCUGAGAAGUUCCCAGUCGGCCCCUGCUUUUACCACGACAUCGCGGUAGACAUACCCGUGGAGUUUCAGAAGACAGUCAAGAUCAUGUAUUACCUCUGGAUGUUCCACACGGGGACGCUGUUUGUGAACAUUUUCGGCUGCCUGGCGUGGUUCUGCGUGGACACCUCGCGAGGAGUGGACUUCGGCCUGGCCAUGCUGUGGUUCAUGCUCUUCACCCCCUGCUCCUUCGUCUGCUGGUACAGACCCCUGUACGGAGCCUUCAGGAGCGACAGCUCCUUCAGAUUCUUCGUCUUCUUCUUUGUGUACAUCUGCCAGUUCGGCGUGCACGUGCUGCAGGCCAUCGGCAUCACAGGCUGGGGAGCGUGCGGCUGGAUCUCGGCCCUCACCGGCCUGAACAAGAGCAUCCCCGUGGGCAUCAUGAUGAUCCUCAUCGCAGCGCUGUUCACCGCCUCGGCCGUCAUCUCGCUAAUCAUGUUCAAGAAGGUCCACGCGCUGUACCGCACCACGGGCGCCAGCUUCGAGAAGGCCCAGCAGGAGUUCGCCACCGGCGUCAUGGCCAACAAGACGGUUCAGACGGCGGCGGCCAACGCGGCCUCCAGCGCCGCCCGGGGAGCCUUCAAGGGAGAGCAGAUCUGAGCCAUCCGAGAGCAUCACCUUCCGCCCCAAACCCCCAUAACCAGACCCACAGUACAGCCCCCACCCCCUCCCCCAUCUGGCGUGGAGACUCCGAGCUCCACCCUCACGUUCAUCCAAUGCACUCCAGUGACAGACUCUACUCUGCCCUGACUCCGCCCCUGGCCCCGCCCCUUACCUGUCACUCAGCAUGUCUAACCCGUCACCCCUCCCCCUCUACUUGCGUGCAUGGGCUUAGAGACGGAUGACCGAAAGCUGCUCGUUUUUAAUCACCCCCGCGGGGGUCACUGUCCGGCCCGCUUAGUCCCCCUUCACGCCCAUCGGACAGGUUGAACGGUGUCGGUUUUGGCAGAGAGCCUCCCCUCCUGCGUUUGGGACAGGAAGUGAGGAAAGCGAGCGUCCCCUGUGCUCGAGGCGCCGUCCUCUCACGGCCUGCGCUGCAGGUCCCCGCCCCCUUUUCUCCGCGCAGUGCUGCCGCCUUCCCUCACGGCCUGUCUCAACGCGCUCCUCACCGGAGGCUUUCUGCGAGACCAACUGGAACAUCCGCAGCACAGGGCGGUCACUUCUGAUGCCAACAGAUAUUUCAGAGCAGUCGCUCGCUUAUCUAGAGGGAAGGCAGCCGCCGUUCCAAAUUCUCGCAAGGAUAACUUGUGGUGGAGCGCUAAUGUAACAGUGUGAAGAUAAAUGGUUGAACACUAAUUAUAAUUACACCAGCUGUGUCAUAGAUAUGGUUUAUAAAACUCAAUAUUUCUCUUCAUAGUAAUUACAGCUGGCUGGAUGCAACUUUAUCUGAGACAAUGUCCAUAUUUUAUUCUCAGAAACAGCAGGGUUGCGCUGAAGCUGAAGGCAUGUUUUUGUGCAACUGAUGUAUCGGAAGCGUAGGUAUCGUUUGCAGUCAGUGUGACCGUUUCAGUUGAAAGGGGGGCAGGGUAGGGGAAAGCCAGCAAAGCUUUGGAAACAUAGCAGUCAACAAAAGAAACCCCAUAUAACAUUGUGCCUAAAGAAUGUAUGCUGCAAGAUUCGUUCAAGAUGCAUUCCUAUAUACUACUUCAUAUAGCAGUUUAGAAAACGCUACAACAGUGUAUGUACUGUUAAUAAGUAUGCAGCCGCAUUUUCCUAACGGUCUGUUUUGAAUGAACGAAGCUAAUUCUGAAUUAGCGCUUUACAGGAAACUGUAAUUUGACAUCUGUGCUGUAGCAAACCUGCAACGACCACCUUCUACAGCUAGGGCCAUUUUUAGCUUUGGAAACACUAGCCUUACGAUGUGGGUGAAUGGCACUAAUUUUCACAUGGGAGUGACAUUGGGAACAGGGACAUUUUCAGCUGUCAGGGCUUGCUUGCUUCCUGCUUAACAAUACCCUGCGGUCACCACAUGCUGCAGAAGACAGUCUCUGCACUCAAACUGGCUUGUGUGAAUGUGUACAUUCAUGUACUUGUGUGGACAUGAGAAACUGCUGUGUCGCAAGACAUUUUCAAGACAUUUCCGACUCCCUGUGAAGUCCCAGGGUCACUGGAGUACAAUGUAUUGGAUUCACACUCAAAACAAAUUGUCUUCAUUAUGUUUUAUCAUAAUUGUAAGAGGUAUUUAAGACAGUGCAUGUGUGUCUGAUGACUUAAGCGAGUCCAGGUGGGACUUCAGAUGCUGAAAGUUGCACUAAAUGCACAUUCGUUCGGCACAAGAAGAUCUUUCAUUCUGUCAACGAACCAUAGAAGUGUUCAGAGUCCUGCAAUGGCACCAUUGUUCUCUUCUGCUGGCUGUCCCGCGUGACUACCGCUUCGGUAGCUCCGGGUGAUCUGAAUCAGUGUGGCUUCGGCCGAGCUUUGUACGUGCACAUGCAAAUAAAAAAAAAAUUGCCUGUAGCAACCAAUGUCAGAUUGGACAAACGAACGUGUUAAAGCACUCCUGCCUGUAUGUCCUUCUGUAUCUGCUUGUGACCUUUCGACCCCCGACUGGCGGCCCCUGGGUGACGGGGCCCCUGUCAGGGUGGCCCCGCGGUGCUCUCUGUGUGGGGGUUCCCCUCCUGUCCCUCCUCUGGCCCUCGGCGCACCCC